AUGAUCGAGAUCAUCCUCAACGACCGUCUUGGGAAGAAGAUUCGCGUCAAGGCCGACAAGAACGACACCGUCGGCAUGCUCAAGCAGCUGAUUGCCCUGCAGACUGGCACCCGGCCCGAGCGCAUUGUCCUCAAGAAGUGGCACAAUGUCCUGCGCAACCACAUCACCCUAGACGACU